UAUGACGUAACCGAUAUCAGCGUCAAUCAAAAUUACGACAAUUAUUUAUUUCUAAAUGAUAUCGCCUUGGUUCACCUUAAAAGUCCAAUUAGGUACAAUAAGCUAGUGCAACCAAUAAAUCUUACGAAAUCCGAUGAAGGUCUUGAAGGCUUGCCGUGCACAAUAUCCGGAUGGGGAAGUACAACGGCUAAAGGAAAUAUUUCGAAUAGUUUGCAAGAAAUUGAGUUGACAGUUCAUUCACAGAAAGAAUGCGAGAAAAUAUAUUGGAGAGUGUCAGACAGUCACAUCUGUGCGUCCGCUAUCAACGGAACAGGACCAUGCUUCGGUGAUAAUGGUACUCCUUUAGUGGCUUAUGGAGCUCAAAUUGGAAUCCUUUCCUUUACUAAUACUUGCGCGAAUGGAGACCCAGACGUUUACACAAGAGUGACCAGUUUCUUAUCUUGGAUCACCGCAAAUUUGAAGACUUAAAAGAUAUUAUUUAUUUAUUAAAAUUCCACUUGGUCUUAUCUAAUUUACAAUUUAAUUAAUAGUAUAGUUAGAG